ACUGAGUAUCUUCCUGGUUUCUGAACGAUCCUAAGAGACAUCCGGUCCCUGACUCCACUUGCCUCCAGGUGCCCAGAACAGGCCAUCGUGGGCCCUUCACCAUCCGCAAGUGGACACUGUUUGUCCUGCCGGGGCAGGAUGGAGAUGGAUGAGGACCCGGAUACCCUGCCUGCCCAGGGGCAAGGCAACACCAUCAUUACUAAAUAUGAGCAGGGACACCAAGCUGGGGCAGCAGUGGACAUGGGGAAUGAGCAGGUCAACAUCAGGAAAUACAUGAAUCACCUCGGGAUUGUGCAUGAGACGGAACUGCCCCCGAUAAGAGCCCUGGAGGUGAAGCAAAGACGCAAGGAAAGUAAACGUACCAACAAGUGGCUAAAGAUGUUUGCAGACUGGCCAAAAUAUAGGAACACCAAGAAGCUGUCUCAAAGAGUAUACAAAGGCAUCCCCCUGGCGGUGCGGGGCCAGGCAUGGUCACUUUUGCUAGAUAUUAACAAAGUCAAGUCCCAGAACCCGGGCAAAUAUGAGGUCAUGAAGGAGAAGGGCAAGAGGUCCUCCAGAAUCAUCCACCGCAUCCAACUAGAUGUCAGCAGCACCCUGCAGAACCACAUGAUGUUCAUACAAAGAUUUGGAGUCAAGCAGCAGGAAUUAUGUGACAUCCUUGUGGCCUAUUCUGCAUAUAAUCCUGUGAGUAUUCCCGGGCAGCGAUAUUCCUGGGCCAUGUACCCAUAUUCACAGGCAUGGGUGUCUCUUGGGGGUGUCGGCACUUCUUGAAAAUUCAGUGUUCGUGACCCACCAGCUCGUAGUAGGCAGAACUCAAGCUCACUGCUGGCAGAAAAGGGUUGAAGCCCAGACUCCUGCUGUCACCUGGACCCAAUCACCAUGUCUCAGAUGAAGAAAUGACCUUCCCUUCCUAGUGUUGCCCCAAAGCCUAGGAGCCUGUCAGGGUCCUACCAGGAUGGUCCUCGUAGGAGACAGGUUUGAGAAGUUGCUGAGGUGUCUGAUGGGUCAGGCUCCUGUCAUGAAAUGAGUUUGCAUCCUGGGGGAGCCUCUUCUUCACUGGAAAUCUGGCAAGGAUCCAAUUUCCUCUUUGCCCGAUCCCCUUAGAAGCAUAGCAGAUAGGGAGGUGCGUCACCCAGGUGGCUACUCCUGCUUGGCACCCACUUUCCAGACCAUUCCAGGCAGGGAGAACACUGAGCUGACUGCAUGAGCUGCCCACAUGAAGGACCCAGCUGCCCCCUGUGUCUGGCAGGCAGCCCUUGGGCUGUUGCGGGACCGUUUGUGUGGUGGUCAGCGCCCCGCUGCCUGCCCUCGUGGUGGGUGCAGUUCAGAGGUGCUGCCCCAGGCCUGGCACAGUGGCCUCCCCAGCCUGGCACAGGGGAGGUAGCAUGAACAAUCCUUGACUGUGCCCUUUCGGGCCAUGUGAGCUUGGACGCUCGCUGCAGGAGUCCACCCAUGCUCCUUGUCAACUGAGUUGUGUGUGAUCUGCCCAGUCCUCA